UACCAGCGACAGACGCUUUCUGUGCGACAUUUGUUUACAGCACAAGAUGGCGUCGGUGGAUUUGAGAGACAACAACCUCCUGGGGAUAUCGUGGGUUGAUAGUGGCUGGGUGCCCAUCCUCAACCCUGGCAAUGUGCUGGACUAUUUCUCCGAGAGGAGUAAUCCGUUCUACGACCGCACCUGUAACAACGAGGUGGUGAAGAUGCAGCGGCUCACUCUGGAACAUCUCAAUCAGAUGGUUGGAGUGGAGUACAUUCUCCUUCAUGCCCAGGAGCCCAUCCUCUACAUCAUCAGGAAACUUGCUGUCCAGAUAUCCAGUGUCCAGUCUGCCUUCGAUGAGGCCAUGUCGUACUGUCGCUAUCACCCAUCUAAAGGAUACUGGUGGCACUUCAAAGACCAGGAGGAGAGAGAUGCCAAAGCCGAGCCGAAGUCGAAGAAGAAAGAGGAGCCCAGUUCCCUGUUCCAGAGGCAACGUGUUGACACACUUCUACUCGAUUUGAGGUCCAAGUUUCCUCCAACGUUUUAUCAGCCUAAACCUGGUGAGAAGCCCAUCCCAGUGGAGGUGAAGAAGGAGACUGAACCCCCUGUAGAGCUGGUGAAACAGGAAGAGAGAGAGCCAGCCACCAAGACCUCUGCUCCAGCUCCCCCUAGCAGCAAACCACCUCCGGAGAAACGGCCCAGGCUGCAGUGAUGACCGAUGGCCACUCCUGUAUAUAUUUCUGAUUAUGUCCAUCCUUCAAAGAAAAUAAGAAGAAAAAAAAAACCUCACAUUGCUAUUUCCAGUAUCACCUUUUAUUAAUUCUAGCAAGGCACACUGAAAGGACAUAUGGGACAGGUACAACCCUAUCUGACUGAACAAUGCUAAGGAAGUGGUUUGUGUCUGAUGGAAGGUGUGUGGAAAUGGACCGACAUCCCAGUUUCCAGACCAAACAGACCAUAACAACCCAUCAUCCUGUUUCUGAAGGGCUUGGAAUGGCAUUAGGCAAAUGAAUAGUCACAAAUGGCACCCUAUUCCCUAUAUAGUGCACUACGUUUGACCAGAGCCCUGAUAAGCCCUAGUCAAAAGUAGUGCACUAUAUAGGGAAUAGGGUGCCAUUUGGGAUGCUGGCAUGAGCAGACGAUAUGAGUUGUCUGUCCCAGUACCAGAGCUCAUGGGACAUUCCAUCCAUGUUCUAGAACUGUCUAGUUACUGACAACAUGUACAUCUUACUAUCGCCCCAAGACUUCUCUCUGUGAUGACGCUAGAGGUGAGAGGUUAAGGACCCAGUGAGAUCAUCGGUAAAUCUUUUUGGGGGGGCGUUAUCUCUGAAGCGUAAAUACACAUCCACACAAUUUAUUUUUUCAAUAUGCAAUUGUUUUUUUUUUCACGUCAAGUGAUCCUGAAUACAUUGUGUGUUUUCAUUGAAAAAAAAAUGUUUCAUGCUUUUCUGAAUAUAAUAAUUUUCAAAAAUUCUGCAUUGACUUGAGUUUGUCAUUAUUCAUCAAAAUAUGUAUUUUUUAAUGUGAUUAAAUGUAUGUAAUCUAA